AUGUCUCGAGAAAUAGAUCAAUUGCCGGUCCCGGCUGCAAUCCGACAAAUGAAAGUCAUUGUCGCCAGCCCAAGUCGGUCAGGCACUCUGGGCUUGUAUCGCGCGAUGCAAAUCCUGGGUUACAACUCGUACCACCUAUACGAGUGCGUCGCCGUACAUGGCGUGCAACACAUGAAAAUCUUCAAAGAGGCCAUUACUGCCCAAUAUUACCCAUCAUCUGGAGUCAAGAGAAUAACAAGAGCCGAUUGUGACAAAUGGUUGGCUGACUAUGAUUGCCUGGUUGAAAUCCCCAGCUAUCUAGGCGUAGACGUGAUAAAAGCCUACGCAAACGAUCCCGACGUGAAAUUCAUCCUCACAGAGCGAAGCCCGGAGAAGUGGGCAAAGUCAGUCAGAAACAGUGUCGGAAAAGUAGUCGCCAUGUCGGGUGCUUUCCCAUUCAAUAUUCUCAAGUACUUUGACGCCUUUUUGUGGCAUUUCUUCGACUUCAAUGUGCUGGUCUACCGGGCCAUCGGUGGAGAGAACGAAGAGCUGCUAUACCAGUAUUACACCGAAUACAUUGAAAAAGUCAAGACAACACUCCCCGCCGACCGCUUAUGCCUGAUUCGACUGGAAGACGGCAUUGACUGGGAGACCAUCUGCCCGUUCCUGGGAGUCCCAGUCCCACAAGUGGCGUAUCCUGGCCGUAAUGAGCCGGAGAAAUUCCAGGCGAUGGUGCAAGAGGCUCUGCAGCCAAAGGUUACUGCUGCGAUGAUGAGAAUGGGAGCGGUGGUGGUGCCCGUUUUGGGGAUUCUUGGUUGGGCGUCAAAAUCAUAUUUUUGGAAAUGA